UCCAACAGGGCUGAAUGUGGGGAGGUCCAAAUAGUCCCGAUAAUUGGCUCCUUUUGCUACGGAAUUAAGGACUGGAGACAAAGAUGGAGGGGCCGAAAUGGGAGAUUAGCAAGCCGCGCCUUAUUGAAGCGAGAGGCAACGGGCUUUUAAACAGAAGAGAAGAGAGGCAAUCUGCCUGGUAUGGAGGGGUUGUUCAGUCGAGCAUUGGGGACUAGGAGCUGGACUAAUAGCAGCUCGGGGAUGCUGCAGCGGGCGCUGGGGGCGGGAUCGUCGACUUGAUUGCGACUUGGAAGCAUCGAGACCGGAUACGAGCCCUAGGGGAAAAAAAAAAGAACAAUUCAGCAGCUAUCGGUGACCCAUUCUGGAAUAACAGCAGCAGUUACAGCAGCAGAGCUCCAUAAGUAUCGAUUGACCGAUAUGUUGACUGACAUCUGUGAAUUAUUGAUGCCGGGGAAGUCGAAGAAGAGCCGCAUCUUGUUGAGCCGAUGCUAAGCAAGUAAUACUCUGUGGCAAUAAGCGACCCCUUCUGCGCGACGGACGGAUGGACUAGCAGUUUUAGUAGCGACGCCGCGGGGAGUGUUAGUUCCACGGAAUAUUGAAAUAGUGCCCCUGUCCACUAUCCUCACCUCCUCUCCGGCGCUCGAUAUAGCUGGGAACAUGUCCACGAUUAUUCCCUAGACCAUCACCAAAGCGCAUGUUAAUCUCCUGCAUUCCUCGAUCCGCAUAGCGCACCCCCUCCUAUCUUCUAUCGGUCUUCUACCGUAUACCAGCCACUUGACACAUCCAUCACGAAUCAUGGCCGUGUACUCCUUCUACAUCUUCGACCGGCACGCGGAAUGCAUCUAUAAGCGCCGCUGGCUCCCUCGGCCCACCUCCACGACUUCAAAAUCCCGACCAGCCUCAGAAUCCACCACCCUUAGCAACGGCCUACCCACAUCCAUACCCCUCUCCCGUCAAAGCCUGACCGCCGAAGAUGAUGCAAAACUGAUAUUUGGCACCGUGUUCUCCCUGCGGAAUAUGGUGCGCAAACUGGGUGGUGACGAUGACAACUUCAUUUGCUACCGAACAAGCCAGUACAAGCUACACUACUACGAAACACCCACAAACAUUAAGUUUAUCAUGCUUACAGACGUCAAGUCUGGUAGCAUGCGGCUGGCGUUGCAGCAGAUAUAUGUCAAUUUAUAUGUGGAAUAUGUUGUUAAAAACCCCUUAUCCCCCGUCGAACACCCGGGGGGAUUAGGCGUGAAUAACGAGCUAUUCGAGGAGUCCCUACAACAGUUCGUGACUCAGGUAUUAGCAUAAAUCGCCUAAAAUCCCCGGGAACGUCCCUACAUAGUGGCGGAGUAUAUAUAUAUACAUGUGACCUAUUAUAUUCACUUCCUAAUGUGGAUAUUUACCUACCAGCUUCAGCCUCGGCAACUUAAUUCGCCUGACGAGCUUCCCAUGCGUUCUUGGGUGAAAGGCCAUAUGUUAUUGCCUGGUAAAACCAUCUGCAUAUUUUCUCAAGCAGGCAAAUGAUGCUUUUCGAGCCCUGACACAUUUCCUGCAACCUGCCGUGCGGAUGGACUUUGUGCGCUGGCAUCAGCACACGAGACUUGGCCGAAUCCCGAAUUUUACAGUACCAUUAACAAGGGCCGGCCACCCAUCGCCAAACCAUGCAUUUACCUCCCCAGCCUGCGAGUUUUGGGCGUGGCCAUUCACAGCUGCUCCAACCAAUAUAAGGUCGCCAUGUAUACGAGAACACAGUCCCGUAUCCGCAAUUCUCGUCAACCCUAUCGCUAACGUGGUGGGGUACCAGCGAGGCAUGGUGGGAGUAGUCCUAAUACUCUCCUUUUCGUAAAUGUUCCAGACAACCCGACUCGAUUGCUUAACCUCGGGCUACAAUUACAUUUACCAUCGAACUGGUUGUUUAAUUUAUUAUCCUAUUUUCUUAACUCACGUUGACUCACCAAGGCAGCUUCUAAGGCUCUUUGCAACGUUUGCUCUGGUUUCUUUUCCUUUAUCUUUCCUUUCUCUUUCUUUAAUCGCAUUUUUGGCGUAUAUUUAGACUCUAGAUAAUGAAUGCGUUACCAGCUUCUUAUCCUCUACCACAACAACAAAUAUCGUAAUCCCAUUCUGAACAACUAACAUAUCACGAUAUACAAUCUUAGAGAACAGCGAGAGAGAAGCAGAGGUUGAAUAAUUUCACUACAUCGAUGACCGGACGACUGGAGGUGACCAGCACUCCCGGCAUCCCUUUCCCCUUCUCAUUUUCCUUUCCCUCCGCAUCCAUCGUACACUCCACGUCUAGAUAUGCGGCUGCGCCACUUUACUCACUCUAUAUAGCCUCAAAAUCAUCCACACUCUCAAGGAGCUCCGCAUCGCUGGCUUCCCACGGAUACUGCCGUUCCAGCUCCCUAAUCAGCUGCACAUGCUCCUCACUCCUCGGCUCGAUGUGGAAAUCAAACUUGGUUGGAUAUGUCAAGAUGCCCGGCUUCGGCUUGACAUCCACCUCGAUUUCCCUCCCAUCUUCACCCACCGCGGGCCGGAUAUUGAAAGCAGCCAGCGACUGCGCGAUGGUGAGGUAGAGGCUCGAGUCCGCGAAGAAGCGCCCAGGACAUAUCCUGCGGCCAUAGCCGAAGGCGUCUGCCGUGGGAUCGGGCUCGUUGCGCGGCGCGAGGAAACGGUCUGGAUCGAAUGAUUCUGGAUCGGCGUAUACGUCUGGGUCGUGCAGGAACCACCAGACGGCCGGGAGGAGGAAGGCGCCCUUGGGGAUAUGCAGGCCGUUGUACUCGAUAUCCUCAGUGGCUGUGUGGGGGAAGCCCAUAGGCGCGAUAGGCCACCAUCUCACGGCCUCUUUGACCAAGGCGUCAAUGUAUGGUAGCUGGUCACGGUCAUCGAAGUUUGGCAGGCGGGUCGUGCCGACGACGCGAUCGAGCUCCUCUUGCGCUUUGCGUUGUACGUGUGGGAAUUUGAUCAUGGCUAGUGUGAAGAUGGUGAGAGUAAUUAUCGUAGUAUCUGCGGCAGCUCCAUAUAGACUAGCUGCGGUCCAAAUGAUCGCCUGCUCGUCUUCUUGUUCCAGCUUGGCGUUCUGAUCAUCUCCCCUGAGUUGUUGGACAAGCUUUGAUACGUAUGAUAGCUGGUGGGCAGGGUCCGAGGCCAUUUGGCGCUGGACAAAUCGGUACGGAAUGUAUGCGCUCGCCUGGAUGGACUUUCUCCACCUACGCGCUGUCUUCUUGAAAGUGGCACCAGGAAAAUUCUCCGGAAGAUGCCGGAGAGCUGGGAUAAUAUCAACCGCC